AUGUUUCGCUGGGUCGCAUUAUUCUGCAUGACGAGGCUCACAGAGGAGAACCCCACCCUUACUCCAAAGGCCUUUGAAAGCAGCUCUGGAAAGGGCAGGGUUUGCUUCACCCUCUGCCCAACGUCUCCCCAGGCUGCCCGUGCCACCUUCCGGUCUCACCUCCUCGGAGUUCGGGUCAAACGCGGAGCUCCAGUUUCUCAGCCCCUCCUGGAGCUCAGUGAUGUCCACCACGCCGUCCCCAUUGCGGUCCAGGUCUUCGAAGAGGAUCCCGUAGCGUCAGUAGUCAUCGUCAUCCUGGCAGGCCACCGCCUCCAGCACGAAGCCCUGCAUCCAGAGCAGCAUGGCUGGGUCCAGAGGCUGCGGGGACCACUAGGCCACCCCGCCCCCACCGCGGCACUCGCCGCCGCCUCCUCGACGCCUGGCUGUGCAAAGCACGGGGUCCAGGCAGUCAACCAGCUUCUGCAACUGUCUGGUGGAGCCGCUGCAGUUCGGAGUCCAUGCGGGCCAAGCCACUCGCGCCUGCGGGCUCCCGGGCGCCACGGAGAGGCGGCGCCACCUUGUGGGACCUCUGGUCGAGGCGCCACGCGACACCUGAGGCGCCAGGACCCCUGGACGGGUGGUCGAAAGGAGAGCCGAGGGCCGUUUGGGGAAAGGGAGCGCGUUGCCCAGCAGGCUCGAAAGGGCCCUCGGGGGUGUGAGAUUCUCGCGAUGCAGACUCAGUGCCUGCCGAAAGUCACUGCCGCAGGAGAUAUGGCAAGGAGUGAGCUGCUCAGACGCGCUCUUAUGCCAGCAUCCAGUACUCUGAGAGCUUUGAGAAGAGCCCGAAUCACUGAUGGAAUUGGACAGCACAUGGAAAUGGUUCAGCAGGAUGAGGAGUGUGAAGAGUACAAAGACAUCAUAGACUCUGUGCUGAGGGAUGAACUGCAGUUCGUGGAGAAGCUGGCAGAGAAGCUCAGACAAGCUGAGGAGCUCGGGCAAUAUAAAGCCCUGGUUCACUCUCAGGCACGAGAGCUGACCCAGUUACGGGAGAAGUUACAGGAAGGGAGAGAUGCCUCCCGCUCACUGAAUCAGCAUUUCAAGGCCCUCCUCGCUCCUGAUGACCUUGAAAAGUCCCAGGGUCAGGACCUCCGAGAGCAGCUGGCUGAGGGGCACAGGCUGGCAGAGCACCUUGUUCACAAGCUGAGCCCAGAAAAUGAUGAAGAUGAAGAUGAAGAUGAGAUGGAUGAGGAGGUUGAGAAAGUACAGGAAUCACCUGCCCCCAGGGAGGUGCAGAAGGCUGAAGAAAAGGAAGUCCCUCAGAAUUCACUGGAGGAAUGUGCUGUCACUUGUUCAAAUAGUCACAACCCUUCUAACUCCAACCAGCCUCACAAGAGCACCAAAAUCACAUUUGAGGAAAACAAAGUUGACUCUGCUCUGGUUGUAGAGAGUGAACGCUUUCAUGAUGAAGAGGAGGAAGCUCUAACCAUUCUCCCAGAAAAUCAAAAUGAUCAUGAGGAAGAGGAGGGGAAAGCGCCAGUGCCCCCCAGACAGUAUGACAUGUCCAACUAUUACCUGCAUAGUGAAGUCUCUUUCCUGGCACUGAAUGAAGAGAAAGUUUGCUCCACUCAGGAUGUUGCCAAAGAUUACUCCAAUUCCAAAUGGGAUGAGACCUCACUUGGCUUCCUAGAACAGCGAAAUGAUCUUGAAGAGGUGAAAGGACAAGAAACAAUUGAUCCCAGGCUCAGCAGGGGACUGCUGAGGGUGGACAAGCAUGAAGUCCCCCAGGAGUCACUGGAUGGAUGUUGCUUGACUCCUUCCAUCCUUCCUGAACUACCUCACUCCUACUGCCCUUAUGGGAGCACUUCGUACUGUUUUGAAGAAAAGCAAGUCAGCUUGGCUCAUGUAGACAAAAUUCAAAAGGAUCAAGAGGAGGUAGAAGAUCAAGACCCGCCGUGCCCCAGGCUCAGCCAGGAGCUGCCAGAGGUGAAGGAGCAGGAAAUGCCAGAGGACUCCGUGGAUGAAGUUUACUUGACUCCCUCAGUUCACCAUGACCUAUCUGACUGCCACCAGCCUUAUAGCAGCACAUUGUACUCAUUGGAGGAUCAGUUUGCCUGCUCUGCUCUGGAUGGAGCCUCUCACAACCAGGCAGACUGUCCCCAAGGGACUUGGAGUGGAGACUUGAGCCACCACCUGUCAGAGGUGCAGGCUUCACAGGCACAGCUGGAGCCAAGCACCCUGGCGCCCAAUUGUCUGAGACCACAGCUGGAUCAAGGGUUCUACUAUGGAAAUGACUUGGCCAGGCGGGGCCCCUCCUCCACCACCUGCAGCUUCGCAGCCAAUGCCGAUUCUGGGAACCAACGGCCCUUCCAAGGUAGGGAAGGAAACGGCGUCAUGAAGAUCUAAUCCAGGUGUUGGUGGUCACGGUGCUGUGGGUGAAGGAGAGAAUGGGACCACUCUGUGCUACCUCAGGGUCAAGAUGAAAUUCAUGAUGCUCCAACACAGUGAGAUGAGCAAAGGUUCUGGGUUUGCCACUUUCUGCUUGUUGACUUUAGCCUAGGUUUUUGUGUUUUUGCUAUUUACAUCUCUGUUCUCUCAUCUGAGAUAGCUGAAAAAUAAUAUCUACCUGCAAUCUUUGUUGCGAAUAUUAAUUAUUAUAAUUUCCAAAGGGCCUGAUUCCAUAAGAAUUGCCCCAUAAACCUAUGAAUAGGUGUUAUCUAAUCCU